UCCUGAGCACUUUGAGAAACAGAUAGGGGACAAGGAGGGCGAGCCUGGUUUCAGAUUACUGUGAAGAUUUGUCCAUUUUUGACCAUGUGUGCGGUGAUAGUCUUCCUCUUGUCUGCCCUCAUUCCCCUCUCUCACUGCCAAUCACAUGACCCCUUCGCCUGGCUGUACGGCCCGCAUAGCCACAGAUUUGGCUCCCUCCUGGGAAACACCAAUGGAGGGCAGUGCCCAGAUGAGUGUGACUGCCCCCCCACCUUCCCAGUCGCCAUGUACUGUGACGGGCGGGGCCUGACAGCCAUGCCCACAAUCCCCUCCCGUGUGAAGUACUUGUACCUGCAGAACAAUGCCAUCACAGCUGUGCCAGACUCUGCUCUCGUAAACGCAACCAAUCUGGUGUGGCUCAUGAUGCACGGCAACCAGCUGACAUCUGGCUCCAUUGGCGAGAAGGCCUUUAUGCAGAUGGAGGGACUGGAGCGUUUGUAUCUACAGUACAACAAUCUGACAGCCUUUCCCUCCAACCUCCCUCGCACCUUGCGAGACCUCAGAAUUGACCACAACAAGAUUGAAAAGGUAACAACUGCAGACUUGGAGGGAAUGGAUAACCUCACCAUCCUGUAUCUCCAUGACAACUCUGUCACAGACUUGGGCUCAUCACUGAAGUCACUCAAAUCCCUCAUGCUGCUGGACAUCAGCGACAACAAGUUGACAAAGGUCCCAGAUGCACUCCCCGAGCAUCUGCACCAGCUCUACAUGCAGUCCAACUCCAUUGAUUCUCUGCCAGAUGGCUUCCUGGGCAGUUUCUCUCAGCUACAGUACAUCAGGAUAGCUCACAAUCAGCUGACAGACAAGGGCAUCCCUGCCAACGCGUUCAAUGUGACCGGGCUGGUGGAACUGGACCUGAGCUACAACAAACUGGAGAGAAUCCCCCCUGUGAGCACCACCCUGCAGCAUCUGUACCUGCAGGCCAACCAGAUCAAAGAGUUCACUCUGGGCAGUUUCUGCAGCAUUGUGGAUGUGACCAACUUCUCCAAACUACGGACGUUGCGACUGGAUGGAAACGAGAUCAGUCGCGAGGACAUCCCGGCAGACUCAGCCCUCUGCUUGCGUCUGGCCAACAACAUCGAGGUCUAACUGUGCCUAUGAAAUAAUGUGUGGCCCUUUUCAGCAUGCACCAACAGUGAGACACAUUAUACGUGUGACUUGCCAAAACCAAAAAACAGCGGGGGCGAUUGCAUAAUUGAAUAAUAACAGCAGGUGCCAGCAGAUAUUAAUCCACUUUUCACAACAGAUAUUUUACAAUUUUUUAAAUGUUAUCAGUGUCAAGUCUGGUUUUAUUUGAAUAACAUUUAAGUUGAUCUUAAAUAAAGGGAGAUGAGCCCUCUGCAUUAUGAUACAGUGUAUAAUCCUAGUAACUGAGAUAUUUUAGGAGCCAUAUUAGGUUUCUUUUUGCGUAUUAAAAAUGAUCUGACCCUGAUCCUCCAUUUAUGUUGCUGUGAGGAUCAAUGAUCUUUGUAAUCUCUUCCUACAAAGCAUGCCUUCCGUUGUCUGUCGGAUAAGUUGUGUUAUGUUUCAUGUGUGUAUUGUAUAUUUUUAAAUCAUUAUUGUAGCUGUCGCUAAGAAUGACCUACCUGUAUCACUUCUCACUCAACUCCCACAGUGAUGUCUUAUCGCAGAUGGGCGCAUAUUUUGUAUCUUUGUUAUAAAUAUUGUAACUGUUUCUGUAAAGAAAUCCUCCUGUUUCAGAAUAAAGUCACCUUUUUUCUUAGAGACAGUCA